AUGCAGAAGCUCCUCGUCACGCCCGCAAUAAAACAACCAGAACAGCGCGUACCGCUCGACCACGCACAAACCAUGGGUCGCACACGGAAGCCCACAGACCCCAGCAGCACCCCGAGGUCGUCAGGCAGGGAGGGGGAGCAAUCCAUCCGCUCCUACCUUCAAGCCACGGCCCGCCCGCGGUCACCGCAACGGGAGAUGGAGGAGGUGAGCCAGGGUAUAGAGUCCUUCCCCUCCACACCGGCCAGACUGUCACCCACACCCUCAUUCAGCUCUGAGCCACAAUUAACGCAGGAGGGUGAGUGGAGGGCCAUACUGCCAAAUCUCCUCACUAAAGCGGACUUUGAGGCCCUGUCAGACCGCCUAGGCAGAGUGGUGAGGGAGGAGGUGGCCCAGCUACGCGCAGACCUGGCUAAUGUGGAGGCCCGCAUGUCAGUAGCGGAGUCAGAGACCAGAGCGCUCCGUACAGACCUGGAACACACCAACUCCACAGUCACCAGCCAGGAAGCAGACCUAGCCAGUCCCACCACAUGGGUAGACGAUCUGGACAACCGCGGCCGCAGACUGAACCUGCGCAUCCGCGGGAUGAGGGAGGGUGACCCAGCGGAACACAUACCCGACACCCUAAAGAGGCUGUUCGCUCAGGUACUGGGGGGCCAGCAAAUACCCAGACUUGGCAUAGUAAGGGCACACAGGGCACUGCGACCAAUGCCGCCACCAGAAGAACAACCAAGAGAUAUCAUAUGCUGCCUAGAAAAUUACCAAUUGAAAGAAGACAUCCUGCGCACGGCCCGACGCAUGGGAACCAUACGCUUCGAGAAUCAAACCAUAUCGAUUUAUCAAGACCUAUCUAGAUACACCCUACAAGCCAGAAGAGCGCUACGCCCAGUAACAUCCACCCUGCAACAAGCUGGAAUACCAUACCGCUGGGGUUACCCAUUCUCACUCUCAGCUAGACACGGCCAGGUUCAACAUACGGUGAAGAAACCAAGCGAUCUCCCAGGUUUCCUUCGAGCCAUGGGCAUCCCACCGAUCCAAGUACCAGACUGGCUGGCAAGCUCCUUUCUCCAACCACCGCCCGGACCACAACAGCCGCGCAGACCAGACCAGGGUCCCCCAAGACUCCAGCAACAGCGACGCAGAGACUGGAACCCAGGCCCGGCACGACAGGAGCAGGAGAACUAA